AUGACAACUCUCAACAUCCCUCCGCCCUCGAGAGCACAGGUCGACAAAGGCUACGGCGCAAACAGCUCCCCAUCCAAUCUAGGGGCUCACACAGUCGCGACCGACUUUGGUUCUGCACCUGGCGUCCCCUCUGCUUCGACAUUGUUGUCGCCGUCUGCUGCCCAGCCACAUUACUGCGGCAAGUUUAAUGAGGAGUGGGAUGCAAGCCAGCGAGGCAGCUCUCUCCUGGAAGGCGGCAACAGCAACAAUAAAAACACCAUGCAGCGCUCCGAUUCGGUCAUGUCGCAAGGCGAUACGUUAAUCCCUUCGCGCGGGGGAACCCUGAAGAAGAAGGCUUCCAUCCGCAAAAGUGGCUCUGUGAAGAGGAGUCCUAGUCGCAGAAGCCCCCAAGCUGGUAGCGUGCGCAGCUUAGCACAUCAGGCUUCGGGUGAAGUCGACGAGACAAAUAGUGCUUUUUACUCUCCGGUUCCCACUACUGGCAACCCUACGGAGAUCCUGGCAAACAGAUUCCAAGCUUGGCGCAAAGUCCUCAAGGAUCUGAUCACCUAUUUCCGAGAGGUACAAACAAGCUAUGACCACAGAACAAAGGCUCUCCUGAAGCUCUCUAAUAUAAUCAAUAAUACUUCGGUACAACCAAUGUUCAUGCCGUCUGGCGGGAUCGACGAUGCCAUGCAGGUUCUCCGAGACUACAACAAGACAGCCAUAGCUGAGGCCAACAAAUCCAAGGAAAUCGAGAAUGAUGUUAUCCUGGCUCUCACGGGCCUGAGAAGUGACUUGAACCAAAAAAUCAAGGAGAUCAAGGGUCUCUCGAGUGACUUCAAGAACUCAGUGGACAAGGAAAUGGUGAUUACUCGCAAAGUCGUCAACGAGCUUGCGGAAGGUCUGGGCCAGUCUGAUAUUGAUCCUGCGCAAAUGACAGGCAAGAAGGAUCCAUAUUUGUUGAGGCUUGCGGCCGACCGUCAAGUUGAGAAGCAGAUUGAUGAGGAGAAUUACUUGCACCAGGCUUAUCUGAACCUGGAAGCAUCCGGCAGAGAGCUGGAAGCCAUUGUUGUGGGCGAAAUUCAGAAGUCGUACAACGCCUUGGCUGGCAUCCUCAAGCGAGAGGGAGAUGCGGCCCACAGAACAGCAGAUGAGCUGCGAAAUGGUCCUAUCGCCAUGCCCAAGGAUCACGAGUGGAAUACCUUCGUCCAGAACAGUGACCAUUUUGUUGACCCGAGCAUCCCUAUUCGACAAGCCCAGGAUAUCCAGUAUCCCGGCCGAGAUCAUGAACUAGCUCAGGAAGUUCGUGCCGGAUUGUUGGAACGAAAGUCCAAGUAUUUGAAGAGCUACACGGCGGGCUGGUAUGUCCUUACGCCGACUCAUCUCCACGAGUACAAGUCUGCAGACAAGGCACAAGGCCCAAUCAUGUCUUUGUACCUUCCCGAGCAGAAGCUUGGCUCCCACUCGAACGAGAGCUCUUCUUCAAACAAAUUCAUGCUCAAGGGCCGUCAGACUGGUACAAUGCAUCGUGGCCACUCCUGGGUCUUCAGAGCAGAGAGCUAUGAUACGAUGAAUGCAUGGUACGAAGAUAUUCGAAUUCUUACCGAGAAAUCUCCCCAAGAACGUAGCGCUUUCGUUCGUCAGCACGCCCGAAGUGUCAGCGGAACAUCGCAGCGAGCUGGGUCCAUCAGCAGUGACGGAAUCAUGGACGAUGAGGAUGAAGAGCCAUUUUCUGCUCAGGCUUCGGCGAUUGUUAGCGCACCAAAGCAGGAUGAGCUGCCGAGACGUCCCGCGCCAGGUGGGCGUUUCCCAUCCGACAUUUCGUUAUCCAGAGGCUUACAGGCUCCUCUUUCCCCCUCUAGCGGAAGUUCCGGUUUCGAAGAUCAACAUGUAGUUGCUGCUGCAAGAACCCUUCCAGGGAGCAACGUUCAACAGUACGGUCAGGAGGGCGCGGCUUCGCCUACGCAUGCGGCAUACGUCGACCAACAGGCCCAGGAGGACGGCAUUAACCCUUACACGUCUCAGCGUAUGGGCCUGGACCAUGGUGGUCGUGAUAUGGGAGGAGUUACUGCUGCUGGACUUGGUGGCGCUGGAAUGGGAUCAUACCAACACCAUCAAAACGAGCAAGUCGCUAAGCUGCGCUCGGACGAGGAAGAGCAGGCCGCACGCGAAGCCGCUGUCAUUGCUGCACCCGAUGCUCAAGAGCAGGAACAGCGAGCUGUACGCGAAGCUGCCGUAAUUGCCGCCCCCGAUAGUUAUGAGCAGGAAUCCGCAGCACUAGCCGCCCGCGAAGCUACUCUUUACGCUGCUCCGGACACCCACCUGGGAUCAGCUCCAGCCGUCAAUGGAAGCGCGACUUUUGCUGACCAUGCGUACCCGGAAGCUACCACAACCAAGAGUGGUCAGACCAGUCCGAUCGAAGCUGCCGUUAGACCUUUGUCUGAUGACCCGCUUCCGAGGCCAUCACUUGCCGUGGAGCAAAAUCGUGAGAGUGUCAUGAGUGUGAGCCAGCUGCAUGUUCCCGGGAAAUAUCCCAAGGAAAAUGAGACACCUUUGAGCUUGGUUUGA